GGCUGGGAGCGGGACCGCGCGGCGGGGAGCGGGCCUGGUGCGGGCGGCGGGCGGUCGGGCCGGGCUGGCUGCGGAGCGGGGCCGGGCGGGCGCCAUGCCGGAGCUGGCGGUGGACCGGGUGGUCGUACACCCGCUGGUGCUGCUCAGCGUCGUCGAUCACUUCAACAGAAUAGGAAAAGUUGGAAAUCAGAAGAGAGUCGUUGGUGUGCUGCUGGGCUCGUGGCAGAAAAAAAUACUAGAUGUAUCCAACAGUUUUGCAGUACCUUUCGAUGAGGAUGACAAGGAUGAUACUGUGUGGUUUCUAGACCAUGACUACCUGGAGAACAUGUAUGGAAUGUUUAAGAAGGUCAACGCUAGAGAAAGAAUAGUUGGUUGGUACCACACAGGCCCUAAACUGCACAAGAAUGACAUUGCCAUCAAUGAGCUGAUGAAGAGAUACUGUCCUAACUCUGUGUUGGUGAUUAUUGAUGUGAAGCCAAAGGACCUGGGGCUGCCCACAGAAGCUUAUAUUUCAGUUGAAGAAGUUCAUGAUGAUGGCACUCCCACCUCCAAGACAUUUGAGCACGUGACCAGUGAGAUUGGAGCUGAGGAGGCUGAGGAGGUCGGUGUGGAACACUUGCUACGGGACAUCAAGGAUACAACGGUGGGCACUCUGUCGCAGCGGAUCACAAACCAGGUCCAUGGCUUGAAGGGACUGAACUCCAAGCUUCUGGACAUCAGGAGCUACCUAGAGAAAGUAGCCAUGGGCAAACUCCCCAUCAAUCACCAGAUCAUCUACCACCUUCAGGAUGUCUUCAACCUGCUGCCAGAUGUCAACCUGCAAGAGUUUGUCAAGGCCUUUUAUCUGAAGACCAACGACCAGAUGGUGGUCGUUUAUCUGGCUUCUCUUAUCAGAUCUGUGGUUGCCCUGCACAACCUCAUCAACAACAAGAUUGCCAACAGGGAUGCAGAGAAGAAAGAAGGACAGGAAAAAGAAGAGAGUAAAAAGGAGAGAAAAGAUGAGAAGGAGAAAGACAAGGAGAAGAGCGAUGUCAAGAAAGAGGAGAAAAAGGAGAAAAAGUAAAAUGUAGUUUUUUUAUUUGUAAAUUAAAAAUCUUGUAAACUAAAUGGCUUGGAUGGUGCUGGGUUCUUGGGUGCUUGGGUUGAAAUGCUCAGUGCUCUUGCUUUCCUCCACUGUGCUGUCUGCUUUUUGUGUCCAU